UCCCUCGCUGUCUCUCCCCCUCUCGCUCCUCCUUCCUCCUCUCCUUCUAUUUCCUGCCAUUCUUUAUUUUUUUCCUUCUUUUCUGGAGCUCAUCCAGAGACAAGAAAAACACGAGCGCUGAGUCCGACCAGCUGAGUACAACUCUUCCAAGUGCCCGCUCACUCUUCUACUCCUGCAGCAGUCCAGCCUCAUUCUCCUCAGGGUGUCUGUCACUUCUUCGAGAGGCCACCCUUCGCACUCAGCGGGAUCUUCUCCAUCGCAGCCGUCGCCUAAGUGGCCUUGCGAGGAGAGGGGUGUCUGAAUGUCCCCUUAACCCUUCAUUGUCCAUGGUGGUCCUAGUGGGGCAAUACAAUAUGGCUGCUCUCUGGUCAACGUCAACUCGUGAUCUUGUCCAAUCACAACUAGAGGGAAAUUUUUGAAAGUUUCUUCUGCUGAUUUUUUUUUUCUCCGACAAAGUCAAUUUUUGCAUUUUUUCCCCCCCAGACAUGGCCCUCUGAUCUUCAUUACUUCCCCAUUUGGAGACAUGUAGAGUCGGGUGUCGUCGUCGUUGUUUCUUAGGGUGGAUUUUGGCGGCACAUUUUGCAGAGGGAGGGGGUGCAGGUGGUGGGGCCAUAGAAUGAGUUAGAAAUAAGGAGAGCCUCAAUGUCUCGCUGGAGUAAGAAACGAACGGGCAGAGGUUCUCUGCUUCCGCUGCUACUUCUGGCGCUGGCACUAGGGGGCACCUCUCUUGUCUUGGCAUCCCUGAAUCUGCUACUGACCACUACCUCCUGGGGACAGAACCUGUGCCACGGACGGGCGCAGCAACAGCGGGUGCAUCCACUGCAAGAGCCCAGCGCUGAUACCCAGAUCUACUACCAGAAUGUCUGGGAAAAACAUCAACUUCUGUAUCAGAAGCUGACAGAGGAUAGGAGACGUCACAGGCGUUCAGCAAUUGGUAAUAAAAGAAACAAACAAAAUAAUCGGAAAUCUUCAGUAGUCACCGCAGCUCAUUAUGAAGUAAAAUUGCCAAAAGGAGGACAACAGAUGAAUGCAGAUGAUAAUGGUACGAUCCUUCACUGGACUGAAGUUCCACGAAACUCUACCAGCCCAGUCAGAUAUGAUGAUGGAAAGGGGGAGUUUAUGGUCAACGUCAAGGGAUUGUUCUAUUUGUAUUGCCAGGUGCACUUUAAUGAGGACCGAAGCAGCUACAUCAAGUUGGAUUUACUUCUAGAUGGUAAUCUGAUAUUUCGUUGCCUGCAAGAGUUUUCUGCUACUGCUGCAAGUAUCCGUGACCCCAAACUGAAGACCUGCAGUGUUUCAGGGCUUGUGGUCCUUCGUCCUGGCCACACCCUCCGCAUCAAAACUCUACCCAAAGUCAGCUUGAGGGUAGAGCAUUUCCUCACCUACUUUGGUCUUUUCCAGGUCCAUUGUUGGUUCUUCAUGCCUUUCAAAGACUAUGGUGUCCAUGACUUUCUUCAUAGUCUUAAUCCAAACCUUGAACUUUUACAAGCCAUAAUAGUCUUCACUAAUGAGUUGGGUCUGCUCAUUUUGGUUGCAAGGAACGCCAUGGCUCAUACCAUGACAGUCAACGUGGUUCCAAGUCUGGCACGGGGCAUGUGGGGUGGGACAGGAUCUUGGUUGGGUGUCCUUCUUUGCCUAAUUGCAUUGGUCUACCAGUCCAUUCAUCUUGGGAACUUGCAGAGAGAACUUUCUGUAUUUCAGAAGAGUAAGGAGCAGUCCAAGGGGGAGGUGAGAAAGUUCUGUGACUCACAGCUCUGCUCCCCCCGGCAGAAGAGAGAUGUCUCGGUGAACAAAAAGCGGAAACACACUGGAAAUCGUUCUCUCCUUCACCUGGUACCAGAGUCGAUAUAUUCCAAUGUCUUCCAGGACCGGACGGAAAUUUUUUGGAAGGUGUCCCUACAGGAGGGGAAAUCUCUGCAGGCUGAAGGCAAAACUGUUCAUGUGAAGCAUUCAGGGAUAUACUCAAUAUACAGCCAGGUGUUUUACACAGAUACGACGUACACUAUGGGUCAUAUAAUAUUUCGGAAGACAGAUGAAAAAAGAGAUAUUCUUCUCCGAUGUGUUCAGAGCAUGCCGGGGGAUAAAACUCUGGCAUUUAACACUUGCUACACGUCGGGUGCUUUCCGUCUACGAAAGGGACAAACUAUCGUGCUGGAAAUACCACGGAGGAAUGCCAGCCUGGAUAUCAACAGUCAAGCCACGUUUCUUGGAAUUGUCAAAUUGUAACCCUCCCUGCCGACUGCCACAGGACUGCCAACCUCCUGACCAAUGGAAAGUAUUUAUAGCAGCAAACAUCCGGAUAUGGACCGCUAAUUACAGGGUAGAAAACAGCGGAUAAUCAGCCUGCCCCUCCCCCAAGGGUGACACAAACAGGAGAGAAUGAUGAGCAUGCCCCUCCCCCUGCAGGGUGAUACAUAUAGAAGGAGCUAUGAGUCUGCU